AUGUCGAGUACGUUUAUGAGCAUUGAAGGAGCACUUGGAGAGGAGCAGUUAGAAAAGCUGGAGCUUGUAUUGAAGCUCAUCAACAACACAAAUUUGACGCUAUAUACAUCUGUAACAAUACAAGGUGAUAUAAGAAUUAAUGGUCAAACAGCUGAGUCGACAAUAAUGAGACAAAUUAGUAGUUUUAUGUACCAGGAUGACAUUUUCAUAGAAACUAUGACAGUUUUUGAGCUGAUGUGGUUUACUGCGAAAUUGCGACUUGAAUAUAAAAUGGAUAACUCUUCUUUGGAAAAAACGAUCAAUGACAUUUUGCAAGAAGUUGGAUUACUUUCUCGUAAAAAUCAUAAAAUAGGUGCCACUGAGCAUACGAAAAUUUUAUCAGGUGGUGAAAAAAAACGUCUUUCAUUUGCAGCAGAGCUUAUUUCAAAUCCAAUGGUUUUGUUUCUUGAUGAACCAACUACUGGGCAAGAUGCUUUUACAGCUAAUAUUUUAAUCAAGUAUUUGAAGAAACUUACGAUGAAGAAUCGAACCAUUUUGUGCACUCUGCAUCAACCAAGUUCAGAAUUAUUCAACUAUUUCGAUAAUGUUAUCAUAAUUGCUGAUGGUCGAGUUGCAUUCUUCGGUACGAAUUUGGAAGCAAUGAAAUUUUUCGCUGGGUGUCAUACUUUUUCGUGCCAUAGGACUCUGUUACUGAUUCAACGUGGGUUUUUGCAAAUUUACAGGAGUUCUUCUAUAAGAUGGCUUCAAAUAUUACAAAAAAUUAUGAUUGCUAUCAUUUCUGGUUUAUGUUUCUUCGGCUCUAUUAACUUGGAUCAGCUGGGUAUACAAGCUACACAAGGGGUUAUAUUUAUUUUAGUAUCUGAAAAUACAUUUUUUCCGAUGUACAGUACACUGUCUCUAAUCCCGCAAGAACUUCCUCUCUUUUUAAGAGAAUACAAGACUGGUAUGUUUUCUGUAAAAGAAUAUUACAUAUCCAAAGUGUUGACAUUGUUUCCAGGGCUAGUGAUUGAAUCCGUCAUAUUUACUUUUAUAGUUUGUAUACUAUCUGGACUUGUUCCUCAGAUUAUAUCAUUGCUGGAAACGAUCAUGAUAGUUAUUUUGACCAUAAAUGUUUCAAGUGCAUGCGGAUUUUUUUUUUCAGUCGCAUUCAAAAAUAUUUCAUUGGCCAUGGCUUAUUUAGUUCCAUUUGAUUACAUUUUAAUGAUAACUAUGGGGUCAUUCAUAAAAUUAAGUUCCUUGCCUUUAUAUAUUCAAUGGGUGAAGUAUUUUUCAUGGCUCCUAUACUCUACAGAAACAAUCUCAAUAAUACAUUGGAAAGAUAUCAAUAAUAUUUCUUGUUAUCCCAACGACGAAGAUUUACCUUGUAUCGAAGACGGAAAUCAAGUUUUGCAAUAUUUCGAUUUCCAAGAGGAUAAUUUUACUCAAGAUAUAAUAUUCAUGAUAUCUCUUUAUUUUAUGUUCCAUUUCUUAGGUUAUAUUAUUUUGCUGAAAAAAAGUAGUUGAUUAAACCAUUCCAAUUAUUGAUGAUCUGAUACUAAAUGGAAGACAUAUAAUGCACGAUUCUAACCCGCAUUAAGUUUAUAGUACUUUUUUAUUCGAUUGUAAAAACUUUCAAUUUUAACGAAUGAAUAAGUAUGUAAAAUUCAAUAUAACUUAUAAUUAAUUCAUCAGUUUGGUUUUUUUAUUGACUAAACAGUAAUGAGAAUAUUAGU